UCUCUCUCUCUCUCUCUCUCUCCUUCCUCUGUGUUUGUCUGUACCAAAAAUGGCUUCUGGGGGUGCUGGCAGCGCUGGUAUUGGCACUGGAUCUCCUUGUGGGGCAUGCAAGUUUCUGAGGAGAAAGUGUGCACCUGAUUGCAUAUUUGCACCUUAUUUUUGCUCCGAGCAAGGACCUGCUCGUUUUGCUGCCAUCCACAAAGUGUUUGGAGCCAGCAAUGUGUCCAAGUUGUUGUUGCAUGUUCCUGUUCAUGAUCGUUGUGAAGCUGUUGUCACAAUUGCGUAUGAAGCUCAAGCAAGAAUUCGAGACCCCGUUUAUGGAUGCGUGGGUCACAUUUUUGCCUUGCAACAACAGGUGGCAUGUUUGCAAGCACAAUUGAUGCAAGCAAAGGCUCAACUGGCUCACCAAAGCCUUGUUGAUUCAAGGAACAUGGAGAGUACUCAAUGGCAGGGGAAUGGGAUUGGGAAUGGAUCAGUCACAAGCUUUCCGAGUUAUUCGAGUUACAUGAAUCCUAUUUCACCUCAGAGCUCUCUGGACUCCAUUGACCCCAACAGUGAUAUUGCCAUGAAUAUGCAGGAGAUUCAAAGCAGCAGAGAGGAGUUCUCGUACCAAGUUUGUUCUAAGAAGAGACCAUAUAAUGGUAACUUGGGGGAGCUUCAAGCUUUGGCGCUCAGAAUGAUGAGAAACUGAUCGAUCCCUACACAUCAUGUUUUGUUUCAAGGAUAUAACGGUGGCCUUUCAGAUGUUUCUGUGACCAAAGAUGUAUAUACUGAGCCUCUUUUUUUUUCUUCCAAGAAAAAGAAAUUAGCACCAUUAAUCAUAUAAUCCUCUCUCUCUCUCUC